GAGGUUGGCACCGAAAGUGCGGUGGACAGAGGCAAGUCAACCAAGUCGUUCUUGAUGUCGUUGUUUGAGGCUGACGACCACCACAGUGUCGAAGGCCUCGACACCUUCAAUGCCUGCUACGGCGGAACAAACGCUCUCUUCAGUACCACAAACUGGAUUCAUGGUGCGUAUGGUAUUGUCGUCUGUUCCGACCCGGCGAUUCACCCAGAUCCUGCCCAUAUUUCUGGCAUUGGAGCCUCCUCAAUAUCUCUGGUCGUGGCCGCGUAG